AUGUCCAUUAUAAGGCACAAGGAGAAUAGAAGAAGAAAGGAGUUGCAGGAUAGACUUUCUUUGUAUCUGUAUUAUAAUAGUACAAGUAGACUGUGCAUGUACAUAUCUAACUACACGGAGCACAGAGUGACGGAAUAUAAGUACUCAAUAGACUGCAAUACAUGCAAAAAGGAAGUAUAUAUAUGCGGGAUCAACUGCAAGCUGUGCGGCAUAUACAUAUGCAGUUCGUGCAUCUGCGUGUAUGACCGAGUGAAUAUAUGCAAGACAUGCAACAGAAUACUUCUCAUUAACAAAGAAGCCGGUAUGGAGAAAGAUAGCAGCAAGACUAUGAAUGCAUAUAAGAAUAGAAAUACUAUUAACGAUAAAGAUGGGAAUAAUAAGAGUAUCAGCCAAAGCAAAGAUAUUUAUAUGGAUAGAAAUAAGGAUUAUCUUAGUCAUAGCAAGAGUGAUAAGAUAGUGGUCAUAGAUAUGAUAAAUAUGAAGAAUACCCGGAUAAAUAAAAAAGGCAAUAAUAACCUUAUAUCAAAUGAUAAAGAAAAAGACAGACCUAAUAAUAGCACAAACAACAGUAAUAUUACUAAGAGUAGUAGCAGAGACAGUAAUAGCACAACUCUUAGUGGCAGUAUUCUGAAGUAUUAUAGUGCCUUGAAGGCGUGCUUGACUCACCCAACAGAAGAAAACAUUUCUGCACUCUCUGAAAUAAUAAAGGAGAGCGAAAUAUCCACAGAAAACGGAACAGUUGACAGAUCAAUUCAGAAAAAUAUCCUGACACGUGCUAAGAUAGCACUGUGCGACUGGUACAUGUAUAAGGCAAAGGAGGAGAGAUAUCUUAUGCUAUUUGAGCAGCUGGAAUAUCUGGAGCACAUAAAGAUAACAUCUCCGCAUAAGGACACUAUUAACGCAGCCAUACAGGAUAUACUUGAAGAAAUAGCCAGAGACUAUUAA